AUGGUUUUGCAGGUUCGUGGAUUUCGUCGAUUCGACAUCCGACAACUCGCCUCGACUCUACCGCCUCGCCACCUCGGAGACGAAGGUUAGUUUGUUUUUUUUUCUGAAUUCUAGGAAAAAUUCUGAUAGGUCUUUGAUAUUUUGUCAAGCAUUUUCGAAUUUGAACUUUUUGUUUGAGAACCUUUUUUUGAAACUAAAAAUCAAAGUUUUUCUGUGCAAAAACCAGUGAAAAAAGUUAGAGUUCGAAAAUGUUUGACAAAAUUUUCAUUAUUUUUGUUUUUUUUUCUGAGUGAUUUUUAGUGUUUUUCAAGCAUUUUCCUUCCUCAUUCACCUAGUUUUUCGAUUCCUCAUCAUUUAGUUAUCCAUUUCUCACAGUUUCUCUAAAAAUUCACUUUAUUUUCGCUCACAAACGUAUGAUUCUCGCUGUUUUUUGUUCAUUUUUCCUACCUAAUAUCGUAUUUUUUCGGUUUACCUACUAUUGCUCAUUCAUUUUCCACAAAUUUUCAAUCAAAUACUCAUCAGUUUUCCAUUUUGACAACAAUUGUGUGUUCGUUCUCUUUAUUAUCGCUUUAUUUUUCUUCCAAAAAGUAUGUUUUUCCUCACUUUUGUAGAUGGUUUCCAUUGUUUUUCGAGCAUUUUCCUUCCUCAUUUACCUAGUUUUUCGAUUCCUCAUCAUUUAGUUAUUCAUUUCUCACAGUUUCUCUUCAUUUUGUUAAUCAAAUUGAUGAUUUUUUUUAUGUUUUGUCAGUGAUUUCUAGUGUUAUUCGAGCAUUUUCUUUCCUCAUUCGCCUAGUUUUUCGAUUUCUCAUCAUUUAGUUUUCCAUUUCCCACAGUUUCCCCAUAAAUUCACUUCAUUUUCGCUUACAAAACUAUGAUUCUCUCUGUUUUUUUGUCAUUUUUCUUUCACAAUAUCGUAGUUUUUCGGUUUGCCGACUUUUGCUUAUUCGUUUUCUACAAAUUCAGUCUGUUUUGCCUCCAAAAUCUAUGCUUUUGGUCAUUUUAGUAGUUGUUUUUCAAUCAAAUACUCUGUUUUUCCUUUUGACAACGUUAGUUUUCCUUCCAAAUGUAUGAUUUUUCAUACUUUUGUAGAUGUUUUUAAUUCAUUUUCGUCUAUUUUAUUCUCUCAAAUACUCAAUUUUUGAUAUUACCAACUUUUUUCUCUUCGUUCUCCACAUAUUCGGUUCAUUUUCCCUUCCAAAUGUAUGAUUUUUCAUACUUUUGUAGAUGAUUUCCAUUGUUUUUUGUCUAUUUUCUUCCCUAAAAUACUCAGUUUUUGAUAUUAUUAACUUUUCUCUAUUCGUUCUCCACAUAUUCGCUUCAUUUUCUCUUCCAAAUGUAUGAUUUUCCUCACUUUUGUAGGUGAUUUUCACUGUUUUUUGUUCAUUUUCGUUUUUCAUAUACCUUAUUUCUAUUUUAUCAACUCAUUCCUUUCCGUUUCUCACAGUUUCUCUUCAUUUUCGCUCACACAAUGCUUGAUUUCCUUCAAUUUCAUAGUUGUAAUUCAUUGUUUCCCGUGAAUUUUCUUUUCUCAAUUCACCUAGUUGUCUAUUUUAUCAAAGCAAAUCUUGUUCAUUUUUGUUUUUUUCCUCUUUUCUCUUUUUGUGUGCACAUCAAAUGCGCCAAACGCGGUUGGCUGACACUUUCUAUGUUUCUCCUUCCCUCUUCCUCCUUUUCCUCAUUCUCGCAUAUUUUGAAUGUAGUUUUUGUUCGCGGUGUUUUGCUUGCAUUUCAAGCUGUUUUUCGUCAUUUUUGCUUGAAAUUUCGAGAUUUUUCUUCAUGUUUCUAGAAAAUUAUAUCAGAAUGUUCUAGAAUUUUCUUUUGAGAAUGUUCUAGAAUACAUUCUGACUGUGAAAUCUUCUCAUUUUUCUUGUGAUUUUCUGUUUUUUCUUGUUGAAUUUUUUUUCGAAAUUUCGGUUUUUUUCGAAAUUUCGGUAUUUGUUGAAUUUUUUCAACGAAUUUUCCCCUCCUAAUAUCAUAGUUUUUCAUUUUGUCCAUGUUCACCCAUUCAUUCUUUACCAUUUCACUUAUUUUCGUUCACAAAAGUAUGAUUUCCUUCGUUAAAUGACAUUCUGACUGUGAAAUCUUCUCAUUUUUCUUGUGAUUUGUUGUUUUAUCGUUGAUUUUUUCGCUUUUUUGGUUAGGACUGAUAGUAUUUUGGCUAUUCUGAUGACAUUUUUUCGGUCACAAAAGUACGGUUCAGUUAUCCAUUUUGUUUAGUUAUCCAUUUCUCACAUUUUCUCUUCAUUUUGUUAAUCAAAUUGAUAAUUUUUGUCUUUUUUGUUUGUUAUUUUUAGUAUUUUUCGAGCUAUUUCCUUUCUCAUUUACCUAGUUUUUCGAUUUCUCAUCAUUUAGUUUUCCAUUUCCCACAGUUUCCCCAUAAAUUCACUUCAUUUUCGCUCACAAAAGUAUUAUUCUCUCUGUUUUUUGUUCAUUUCUCCUUCCUAAUAUUAUAGUUUUUCGGUUUACCGACUUUUGUUUAUUCAUUUUCCACAAAUUCAGUUCAUUUUGCCUCCGAAAUCUAUGCUUUUGUUCAUUUUAGUAGUUGUUUUUCAAUCAAAUAGUCAUCAGUUUUCCAUUUUGACAACGUUUGUGUAUUCGAACUCUUUAUUAUCGCUUAUAUUUUUCAUCCAAAAAGUAUGUUUUUCCUCACUUUUGUAGUUGAUAUUCAUUGUUUUUGUUCAUUUUCUUCCCUCAAAUACUCAGUUUUUGAUAUUACCAACUUAUUCUUAUCCGUUUCUUUCAACUUCACAUUAUUCUCGCUUACAAAAGUUGAUUUUCUUCAUUUUUAUAGUUGUUAUUCAUUGUUUCUCGUACUUAUUCUUUCCUCAUUCACCUAGUUGUCUAUUUUAUCAAAGCAAAUCUCGUCCUUUUUUGUUUUUUUCCUCUUUUCCUCGUAUGCACUCUAAAUGCGCCAACGCGGUUAGUUGGCUGACACUUUCUGUGUGUGUCUUCCCCCCCCCUUCCUCUUUUUUCUCCUCAUUGCAUUAUUUGAAUAUAGUUUUCUGUUCUCUGUGUUUUUCUUGGAUUUCAUGCUGUUUUUUGUCAUUUUUCCGAGAAAUUUCGAGACUUUUCUUCGUUUUUCUAGAAACUUCUAUCAGAAUUUUCUAGAAUACUCUCUUGAGAAUGUUCUAGAAUUCAUUCUGACUGUGAAAUCUUCUCAUUUUUCUUGUCAUUUUCUGUUUUCUCGUUGAUUUUUUCGCUUUUUUUGGUUAGGAUUGAUAGUGUUUUGGGUAUUCUGAUGACUUUUGAAUGAAAUGUGUUGUUCUAGACUUCAACUAAUUUAUAGGUUGUAUUUGAGAUUUUCGAGUAAUCUUAUAAAACAUUGUUUUUUCUUUCUUUUUUGUAUUCUUCUCUUCAUAUUCCGCUUUUCGUUGUUUCUUUUAUCAAUUUUCAUCCAAAAAUAAUGUUUUUCCUCAUGUUGUAGUUGAUUUUCACUGGUUUUCGUUCAUUUCCUUUCCUCAUUUACUCAGUUUUCGUUUUUAACAACGUUUGUGCAUUCGUUCUUCUUAUUUUCGGUUAAUUUUGUCUUCAAAAAUGAAUGCUUUUCAUUACUUUCAUAGUUGAUAUUCACCGUUUCCCGAGAAUUUUCGUUCCUAAUUCACCUAGUUGUCUAUUUUAUCAAAGCAAAUCUUGUUCAUUUUUGUUUUUUUCCUCUUUUCUCUUUUUGUUGCAAACAAAAUGCGCCAAACGCGGUUGGCUGACACUUUUUGUGUUUCUCCCUCCCCCUUUCUCAUUUGUUUCCUCUUCGCAUAUUUUGAAUAUAGUUUUCUGUUCGCGGUGUUUUUCGUGUAUUUCAAGAUGUUUUUCGUCAUUUUUGCUAGAAAUUUCGAGACUUUUCUUCGUUUUUCUAGAAACUUCUAUCAGAAUUUUCUAGAAAGUUCUUUUGAGAAUGUUCUAGAAUACAGUCUGACUGUGAAAUCGUCCAAUUUUUCUUGUGAUUUUCUGUUUUUUUUGUUGACUUUUUCGCUUUUUCUUGGCUAGGAUUGAUAGUUAUUUGGCUAUUCUGUCAACUUUUGAAUGAAUUGUGUUAUUCUAGACUUCAACUAAUUUGUAGGUUGUAUUUGAGAUUUUCGAGUAAUCUUAUAAAACAUUGUUUUUAUCUCUUUUUCUGUAUUCUUCUCUUCAUAAUUCGCUUUUCGUUGUUUCUUUUAUCAAUUUUUAAUUCUAAAAUGGUUUUUGCAGUUCGGAGGAUUUCGACGAUUCGACAAACCGACAACUCAACUCUUCUUCUUCCGCCUCGCCAUCUCGGAGACGAAGGUUAGUUGAUUUAUUUGAAUUCUAGGAAAAAUUCUGAUAUGUCUUUGAAAUUUUGUCAAACAUUUUCGAAAUUGAAUUUUUAGUUUGAGAACCUUUUUUGAAACUGAAAAAAUGAAAAUCAAAACAAACAAUUAUAACCUUUCUUUGAAAAAUUUCGAAAAUUCGAACGUUUUUGCGCAAAAACCUGUGAAAAAUGUUUGAGUUCGAAAAUGUUUGACAAAAUUUCAUUGACAUGUUUAAAAAAUUGGCGGGAAAUGUAGAUUUUUCGAAUUCUCAAAACAAAAUCUUUAUAUUUUUCUGGUGAAAAUUCUAGGCUUCUUGCUAAAAUCUAAAUUUCUUCUAAAUUCUUUUGGAAAAUCUAAAUUUCCCGCCAAUUUUCAACACGCCAUCAAACAAUUUCAUUUUCAAAUUUUUUUGACUCCAAAAACUUCUAGAUAAAAACUGAAUUUUAUGCUAUAAUUUUGGCGUCAAAAAUUGUGAAUUUGAAAUUUUUGAUGGCGUGUAAAAAAAUUUCUGGUUGAUUAUUUUUGUCUGAUUUUUUCUGAUUUUUUGUCUGAUUUUAUUUUAUUUUUCGGCUGAAUUUUUAUCUUCUAUUUUGUUAUUUUCUGAAAAUUUGAUCUUAAAAAUUUUUAUUUAAAAAUAUUCGAAUUUCAAACAUUUUUGGCUUCCAUGAAAAAAACUUCUAACUAUAAUUUUGAUGAAUUUAAAUAUUAUUUGAAAUUUUUUGAAAAUUUUAGAAAAAAAAACCUUCGAAAACCUAUUUUAAUUCCUUUUUAGAAAAAACUUCGAAAAAUUUCUGGUUGAUUAUUUUUGUCUGAUUUUUUCUGAUUUUUUUUGUCUGAAUUCUUAUUUUAUUUUUCGUCUGAUUUUUUAUUAUCUAUUUUGUUAUAUUCUGAAAAAUUUAUCUUAAAAAUUUUUAUUUAAAAAUAUUCGAACUUCAAACAUUUUUGGCUUCCAAGAAAAAAACUUCUAACUAUAAUUUUGAGGAAUUUUGAUUUGAUUUGAAACUUUUAGAAAAAAAAACCUUCGAAAACCUAUUUGAAAUCCUUUUAAAAAAAACUUCGAAAAAUUUCUGAUUGAUUAUUUUUGUCUGAUUUAUUUGUUGAUUUAUUUUUAUUUUAUUUUUUAUUUCUGUUAAUUUCUUUUUUUUUUAUUUCUGUUAAUUUCUUUUUUUCUGUUGAUUUCUGUUUAUUUUUUUUUUCUGAAGCCACAGUUUUUAUUGAUUUUUUAGGUUACAUGUUACUAGGGCCUAUAGGAUUUUCCCGGGCUUCUAGGGCCUUUUAGAAUUCUUCAAAAGUCUUUGGAGCUCACACGAUCUUUUAGAAAUAUCCUAGAUCUUUUAGAUUUCUCUUCCGACUUUUAGAAACUUUUUUUGAGCUUCUUGGAACCUCUGAAAAUCUUGUAGAUGUCUUCUCUGAUUUAUAGAAAGUUUUUUGAGCUUUUAGAACUGUCCCAGAACCCUCAGAAUGUACUCGAGCUUCUAGAAAAAUUUCAGUUUUUGUUGAUUUCUUUUCUUGACUUAUAGAAACUUAUUCGAGUUUCUACAAUUCUACCAAAGUCUUCAGACCAUUCGCGAUCUUUUAGAAAUCUUCUGGACCUUGUAAAUUUCUUCUCUGGCUUAUGGGAACUUUUUUAGGCUUCUAGAAAUAUCCCAAAACCUUCAGUAUUUGCACGAGCUUUCAGAAAUAGCCUCAUACAUAAAUGUCCCCCUAGCCAACUUUUUCGGUUAGUUUUCCUCUUUGAAAAAUUUCCAAAGUUAACCCCCUUUUUCACAAUUUUGAACGAUUUUUGAAUAAAUCUGGAGAAUUAGGGGAAUUAUUAGCAGGACUUGGCUGAGUUCGGCACCCUUCAGUUUUGAUUUUUGAAAAAAAGUCAAGCCCCUCACGCUGAUUCUGAGGUCCAAUUUCAUGUAUGAAUAGCCUGAACCUUAUAGAUUUAUAGAUUUGUUCUCUGAUUUAUAAUCAUCUCCCAAAACCUUCAGAGUUUUCACGAUCUUUUAGAAUCAGUCUAGAUAUUGUUGAAGUUUUCUCUGACUCAUAGAAACUUUUUUUUAGCUCCUACAAUUCUACCAAAGCCUUCAGAAUAGCCUUAUUGAUUUCUUCUCUGAUUUAUAGAAAAUAUUUUGAGCUUCUAGAAAGCUCCCAAAGUUUUCAGAGUUUGCUAGGGCUGUAAAUAGUUCACCCGAACACAGUUUUAGUGAGAAAUUUGUACGAGAUUUCGAAAAAAUAAUCUAGAUCUUGUGGAUUCUGAAGACUGAGAGAUUUCUAGAAGAUCAUUAAAUUAUCUAUGAGUCAGUGGAGAAGUCUGUUUCAGACUUUUCAGACUAUAUAUGACUUUUGAAAAAUCUUCUGAAACCUAUUCUAACAAUAGAACUUAUUCUGAACUUUCUUGUUGAAUUUUUUGUUGGAAAUGUAAUUUUUUUCACUGAUGUUUUGACAUCUGAUUUUUGCACGAGAGAUUUUAGAAAACUCUCAAACUUUGUUGAAUUCUUUCCUGACUCAUAGAUCCCUUCUUAAGAACUUCUAGAACUCUUCUGACAAGGAAUGAUCGAGGAAAUACUCCCCUGAUUUUUUUAUAAAACCGGUCUCAAAAUUAUUUUUCCGGUUUUAGACCAGUUUUAUAUAAAAAUCAAGGGGGUACUUCCUUGAUCAUUUCUUGUGAACCUCAAGAAAUAUCAUAAUCAAACUUCAAUUUUUGUCGAAUUCUUCCCUGACUUAUAGAAGUUUUCAUGAGCUUCUAGAACUGCCCCAGAGCCUUCAGAUUGUACUCGAGCUUCUAGAAAAAUUUCAGUUUUUGUAGAUGUCUUUCCUGAUUAAUAGAACGUUUUUUGAGCUUCUAGAACUGUCCCAGAGCCUUCAGAAUCUACUCGAGAUUCUAGACAAACCUCAGUUUUUGUUGAUUUCUUCUUUUUCUCAGAGUCUUGAAAAUUUGCGUGAGCUUUUAGAACUUAUUGCAAUUUCUUUGAGUAUCUAGAAAUCUUCCAAAGUUUUCAGAAUUUGCACGAGCUUUUAGAAAUAGCCUCAAAUAUAGAAUAGGUCACCCUAGCCAAUUUUUUCAGUUAGGCUCCCUCUUUGAAAAAUUUCCAAUGUUAAACCCCUUUUUCACAUUUUUGAACGAUUUUUGAAUAAAUCUGGGAAAUUAGGCAAAGCAGAACUUGGCUGAGUUCGGCACCCUUACUUUGAAAAAAUGAAAAAUUUGGAAUUCCCGCCAAUUUUCAACACGCCAUCAAACAAUUUCACAUUCAUAUUUUUGGCGCCUAAAACUCCUAAUUACAAACUGAAUUUUAUGCUAUAAUUUUGACGUCAUAAAUGUGAAUUUGAAAUUUCUGAUGACGUGUCAAAAAAAUUUCUGGUUGAUUAUUGUUGUCUGAUUUUUUCUGCUUUUUUUGUCUGAAUUUUUAUUUUAUUUUUCGGCUGAAUUUUUAUCAUCUAUUUUGUUAUAUUCUGAAAAUUUGAUCUUUAAAUUUUUAUUCAAAAAUAUUCAAAUUUCGAACAUUUUUGGCUUUCAAGAAAACAACUUCUAACCAUAAUUUUGAUGAAUUCAAAUAUUAUUUUGAAUUUUUAGAAAACUUUGAAAACAAUCUUCUAAUGUAAAACCUAUUCUUAAUUUUCUUGUUUUUUUUUGUCUGAAAUGUAUUAUUUUUUUGCUGAUGUUUUGAUUUGAUUUAAUUUGGCACUGUCUUUUAAAAAUAGCCUGAACCUUGUAGAUUACUUCUCUGACUUCUAGAAUUUUUCCAGAGCCUUCAGAAUUGGGAUGAUUUUUUGAAAGAAAUUCUUGAUCUUGUAGAUUUUUUCCCUGACUCAGAAAUUUUUUGAGCUUCUAGGAAUUUUCAAGAGCCCUGAAAAUUUGUUUGAGCUUUCAAAACUAUCCAAGACUGUGUUUAAUUUUUAUCUGAGCUUCUAGAAAUCUCCCAAAACCUUCAAAAUUUUCACCAGCUCUUUAGAUCUUGUAGAUUUCUUCUUUAAUUUAUGGGAACUUUGAUCAACUUCGAUAAGCCUCCAGAAUAUGCACGAUCUUUUAGAAAUAGUCUAGUUUUUGUUAAUUUCUUCUCCGACUUUUAGAAACUUCUUUAGAAAUCUCCGAGAGCCUUGAGAAUUCGCUCGAGGUUUCAGAAAUAGUCUAGAUCUUGUAGAUGUUCUCUCUGACUUAGGAAGUUUUUUAAGCUUCUAAGAAGCUCCCAAAACCUUCAGAAUUUACCCAAACUUCUAGAAAAACCUCAAUUCUUGUUGAAUUUUUGUUCCUUUAUUUCUCUUCUACCUCCUUUUUUACCUCUCCUUAUUAUUCCUCUUCAUUAUUUUCAAAAUUAUUAAAAUAAUGAAAUUGAUUUAACAUAAAGUGUGUUUUUUUUCAGUAAAAUCCAAAAAUGGUCACAACAAGAAGUCGAUCAAAAUCUGUAAAAAAUGCGCCAAAUGAGCAGAAAAAGGCAGAAGGAUCUGGAAUUUUCACGCGAACUCGUGCUAGAAGCGUCGUCAAAUCAACACCAGCCGAAGCAUCACAAACUGGUUCCAGAAAAAGAGCAAAAAGCGUUGCACCGGUUUCGCACAAGCGCCAAAAGGUCAGUUUUUUUCACAAUAUUUCUAAAUAUCCACGGGAUUUUCGAAGACUUUUCUGUUUUUUCUGUUUCUAGAGGAAAAUUGGAAAAAUCUACAAUUAAGAAUUCAAACUGUAGAUCAAUUUGAAUUUGAAUUUCAGGUUGCCGCAUCUCCUGCGCCAGAAAAUGAAGUAUCAAUGAGAAUUACAAGAUCAAGAGCUCAAACGCCUGCGCCAGAAAUUGAAUUAUCAAGAAGAAGCACAAGAUCAAGAGCUCAAACGCCUGGUACAUUUUCAACAACUCCUAGAUCAACAAGAAGAUCAAAAGCUGAUCAAUCGGUUAGUUCAAUUUUUAUCUCUGGCAAAUUAGCAUUUUCAAAGCUGUUUAGCAAAAAAAAGAGAUUUGUUCUUCAGUUUUUAGAAUGAAAAUUGAAAUACAAAAAAUUCUUGAAAAUUAGACUGAAGCCUAUUUCUUCCAUUCCAAACAAAUUUUUAAAAGUCAAAAUCUAGGAAUAUAAAAAUCUACAAUUAAGAAUCUGAACAGAGAUCAAUUUGAAUUUGAAUUUCAGAUUGCUGCAAUUUCUGCGCAAGAUAUUGAAGGAUCAAGAAGAAUCACAAGAUCAAGAGCUCAAACGCCUGCGCCAGAAAGUGAAUUAUCGAGAAGAAUGCCAAGAAUUCGAGCUCAAACGCCUGCGCCAGAAAAUGAAUCAUCAAGAAGAAAGACAAGAUCCCAAUCUCAAAAUUCUGGUGCAAAUACAGUUGCUUCAUCUUCAGGAUCAACAAGAAGAUCAAGGGCUGAUCAAUCGGUUAGUUCAAUUUUUAUCUCUGGAAAAUUAGCAUUUUCAAAGCUGUUUAGCAAGAAAAAAAGAGAUUAGUUCUUCAGUUUUUAAAAUGAAAAUUGAAAUACAAAAAAUUCUUGAAAAUUAGACUGAAGCCUAUUUCUUCCAUUUCAAACAAAUUUUUAAAAAUCAGACCCUAGGAAUAUAAAAAUCUACAAUUAAGAAUCUGAACAGAGAUCAAUUUGAAUUUGAAUUUCAGAUUGCUGCAAUUUCUGCGCAAGAAAGUGAAACAUCAAGAAGAAAGACAAGAUCCCAAUCUCAAAAUCCUGGUGCAAAUACAGUUUCUUCAUCUUCAAGAUCAACAAGAAGAUCAAGAGCUGAUCAAUCGGUUAGUUCAAUUUUUAUCUCUGGGAAAUUUUCCACUUUUUCUAAUUGUUCAAAGCUGUUAGCAAGAAAAAAAGAGAGAUUAGUUCUUCAGUUUUUAGAAUGAGAAUUGAAAUACAUCUUCUUAACAGAAAUCAAUUUGAAUUUGAAUUUCAGAUUGCUGAGUCUCCUGCGCAAGAUAGUGAUGUAUCCAGAAGAAUGACGACAAGAUCGAAAUCUCAAAAUCCUGGUGCAAAUACAGUUUCUUCAUCUUCAGGAUCAACAAGAACAUCAAAAGCUGAUAAUUCGGUUAGUUCAAUUUUUAUCUCUGGGAAAUUUUCCGUAAGCAAAAAAAAAGAGAUUAGUUCUUCAGUUUUUAGAAUGAAUUUUGAAAUACAAAAAAUUCUUGAAAAUUAGACUGAAGCCUAUUUCUUCCAUUCCAAAAAAAAUUUUUGAAGAUAAGAAUCCAGACAGAGAUCAAUUUGAAUUCGAAUUUCAGGUUGCAUUGAAUGCUGGUCCAGAUGUUGCCACACAAUCCUCAUCUUAUGCAUUGUUAAAAGCGAGAGCUACUCAAAGAGCAGAUGAAUUGGUCAGUUCAAUUUUCAUAUCUAUAUUUUUUCGGGAAAUUAGCACUUUUUUCAAAGCAUACAAGAAAAAAGGAGAUUUAGAGAAAAAUACAUUUAGUUCUGAAAGUAACCAAACAAAUUUUUCAAAGUCAGAAUCUCUAUACAAACAGAGAUCAAUUUGAAUUUGAAUUUCAGCUUGCUGAAGUCACUGCUCUACGUGUUGAGUGGGAAAAUGCAUUUAACAAAACGUUGGCGAUUUGUGACAAGAUGGUUGAUGAUAUGAAAAAAAUGCAAAGAAGAAGUGCGAGUGUUUGCGCAAAAACACCGGCGCCUCAAUCAACAUCAGCAGCAGCAGGAAGUGUUGGAAGAUAUUCCAGAGAUUUAUCAGUUAGUUUAUUUUUUUAUUAUCUCUAUAUUUUUGUGCGGUGAGAGUGUGAAAAUCUCUGGUUUUUUGGCAUUAGGUUCAUUAUUUUUUUGAGUUUUUACAGUGACAAUUGAAAAAACAUCUUCUUGAAAGUUAGACUAAUUUCAGUUUUUUUCAAAUUUUCAUUGAACUUUAGGAUAUUUUUAAAAUAUAUUUUUAUCAGUUAAAUUUUUCAAAAUUCUUCACAAGAUUCAGGGAAUCUUUAGGGAUUACAUAACUUGUCUGAAAAAUUAAUUUUGAAUCCAAAUAUUUUUUUCACAAAAAAUCUUUUUUCAACAUUUCUUAAUUGUUUCAAAGCCUCAAAAUAAUUUUGAGAUUUUUUAAAUUCAUCUGAUAAAUCAUUUUGAAGUCUCAACUUUUUCAAACUCCGAAAAAAAUUCGGAUUUCAUCUGAAAAUUAAUUUUGAACCCAAAUUUUAAUCCAGCUUAAAAAAUUCGAAAGAUUAUUCUAAUCCAAUUUCAGAACUUCUACUUUGAUUAUUAAUUAGGGAAGCUUUUUUGAAUUCCUGUUUAAAACUGAGAAAAUGUGUGAAGAAAAAUAGUUUUGGGAAAAAAGAACAAAAAUUAGAUUAGGAAAGUUAAUAAAAAAAUAAUAAAAAUUUUGAAAUAACACAAAAAAUAUUGAUUACAAUUUUAGGCUCCACCGGUUAUUGAAUCAAUUGUUGCAAGAAGUUCAAGAUCAAGAGCAAGAACUCCUUCUCCACAAAAUCUUCCUUCUUCAAGCGGACCAAUUUCAGUUCCAAAAUCGGGAAAAGCCUCAAAGGUUAGUUUUGUUCUAAUUGAUUUAUAAUUAAUUUACAUAGUUUCUUUCUAUAUUUGAGCUCUAAAUCAAAAUUUCAGGUUCCGCCAAUCCAUUUGCCAAUUCGAGAUGAUUCACCGACACAGAGACGCUCUCGCUCAAAAAGCGUUGUCAAAAAAUCUCAAGAAACACAAGUUCCACAAGCAUCUACCGGAAAAACAGCUGAACAAUUGCGACAAUUGGAACGUUUGAAAAAAGCAGUGGUUAGUUUAUUUUUUCUUUAUCGAAAAUUUAAUGAGAAAAAAUGCGAAAGAAUGUUGGAUUAUCAAACACAAAAUCCGGAAUGAUUUCUAGAAAAAUUUGCAACUUUUUUCUGUUUGGAAAAAAUUCAAAGACUUUGUUCCUACUUUCGAAUUUUUAAAAAAUUUUCUGAAUAAUUCUGAAAGAAAUAAAAUAGAUUUCUGGGUCUUUAGAACCAAUUUUUUGAAUCCAAAAACAUCAAGAAUUAUUAUUGAACUGUUUUUUUUUGUUCUGAAAUUUCAGAAAAAAUUCCAAGGACUUUUUUAUCGUCUUAUUUUUAUUCAAAAGUUCUGAAAAAAUAUCUAGCUCUAGUUUUGAAUUUUUUAAAUUAUUUUAAAAAGAUUUUCUAAAAUUCCCAAGACCCUUUUUUCAUAAUUCAAUUUUUAUUUGAAAGCUCUGAGAAAAAAUCCAGCUGAAAUUUUCAAAAAAUUUUAAAAAGAUUUCUAUCAACUUCAGAAUUGUUCUUUAUUCUGGAGCUUUCAAAUAAAAAUUCCCAAGACUUUUUUCAUAAUUUAAUUUUUAUUUGGAAGUUCUAAAAAAAUGUUUACUCUGAAAUUUUGAAUUUCUCGAAAAUUUUAAAAAUUUACAAACUAUUUAUGAAAAAAUAAUUCUUGAUAAUUUUUGAGAUGAAAAAUAAAGAAACCAAUAUCUGAUAAAAAAAGACAAAAAUUAGAUAAAAUUUUUUUCCAGGCCAGCUUGAACAAGAAGAACUUGGAUGUUGGAACAAAAGAAUGGGUUAUCGAGUUCAAAAAAGCUUUUACCAUUAUUCCUCGAACCAUCUGAAGAAGAAAUCGAAUACGUUGAAAAUGGUUAUGAAUUGGAGAAGAUAUUGAUUGAGAAAGGAGGUGUCGAAUACUAUGACAAAAUUUACAUCGUCAAAAACAAGCAAGGACUCGGAAUCAAAACCCCGGAUGCCAACUUCAAUGUCCAAAACGUUUGCGAUUUAUUAGGAGCUGAUUAUGUGAUGAAAGUGAUUGAUGUUGAAACACAAUUAACUGAAGAGAUGGAUCUUGGAACUUUUACCAAAGAGAUGUUAAAGAAAAAAGGCCGUGAAAAGACGCUCAAUUCGAUCAGCUUGGAAUUCACAAAUCUCCCACAGUAAGUUUUUAAAAGGGGGUGCUUAAUUGAAUUUAGAAUUUCAAAAAACAACAGUAUCUGAGAUCUAAUAGAAAACUAAACAUGUUUUUUACAGACUGAAGCCGAUGUUUGAACCGCCAAGAAUGGUCAAAGAUUUAUCAAUGUCCGAAAAGUUGAUCGACAUGGACAAAUUGGAGAGAAGAUUACAACCAGCGGUUAGCAAUUAUCUCCUAGUGGGAAUGAGUGAUUCUUUCACCAACGCACAUUUCGAUUUCGGUGCCAGUAACGUGUUCUAUAAUAUCGUUAAUGGAAUGAAGGUCUUUCUCGCAGCUCCACCAACCGAGAAAAAUCUGAAGGCGAUUGCCGAAUUUGAGCAACGAGAAGACCGAAAACAAUGGUUGUUCGACACCAUGUUGGAAGAAGUUCGCAUUUUUGAAUUGGAAGCCGGAAUGACACUUUUAAUGCCGGGCGGUUGGUUGCACAAUGUUUUCACCGCGAAGGAUAGUGUUGUUUAUGGUGGCAAUUAUUUGCAAAUAAACCAAAUUGAUAUGCAAUUCAAGUUAGUUUUUUUCACGAAUUUUGGGGGGAAAUUAGAAUUGUUGUAGUAAAAGAAAUGUCUUCCAAAAAUGGUUCACCUAAAUUUAGGCCUUCUUGAACUUUAUUAGAAAUUUCUAGAAGAUCCACGAUUUCAAAAAUCUUUGCCAAAAGAUCCAAAAAAGAUUUUUGAAAUCAUGAAUCUUCUAGAAUUUUCUAUUGAAAUUUUAGAUCUUUUGGCGAAGAUUUUUGAAAUUAUGUUCUAGAAGUUUAUCAGAAAAUUCUGGAAGAUCCAGGAUUUCAAGAAUCUUCGCAAAAAGAUCUAGAAUUUUAUUGGAAAAUUCUAGAAAAUAAAUGAUUUCAAAAAUCUUCGCCAAAAGAUCUAAAAAAGAUUUUUGAAAUCAUGAAUCUUCUAGAAUUUUCUAUUGAAAUUUUAGAUCUUUUGGCGAAGAUUUUUGAAAUUAUGUUCUAGAAGUUUAUCAGAAAAUUCUGGAAGAUCCAGGAUUUCAAGAAUCUUCGCAAAAAGAUCUAGAAUUUUAUUGGAAAAUUCUAGAAAAUAAAUGAUUUCAAAAAUCUUCGCCAAAAGAUCUAAAAAAGAUUUUUGAAAUCAUGAAUCUUCUAGAAUUUUCAAUUAAAAAUUUAGAUCUUUUUGGCGAAGAUUUUUGAAAUUAUAUUCUAGAAUUUUAUUAAAAAAUUCUAGAAGAUCCAUGAUUUCAAAAAUCUUCGCCAAAAGAUAUUUUUUGAGAGAUACAUACAAUUUUAAUUUUUUAUCAUGAAAUAUAAUUUCAAAAAUAUUUGCAGAAUUCACGCAAUCGAGCAAGAUUUGAUUCGUAAAGAAAUUCUUGAUUAUGGAUUGACAUUCCCCAACUUCGAGCUCAUCCAAAUUCGAGUUUUGAAAUAUGUCUUGUUGCCACGUUUGGUUGAUGCGAAUUCGCAAAAAAUGGACAUGGAAAAGUCGGAUAGAAUUGGAUGGAAAGCGAUUUCGCAAAUCAUUGAGCAUCAAACGAAGUUGUUGGAUAUUGAAAGAACUCGAAGAGCGAAACGAAUGAUUGGUGAAUAUGAGAGAAUCUUUGUUGAAGUUGGUGACGAAUUGAGAAAACAAGUAAAGUUGAAAAAGUCGAGCCAGAUGAGAACACGACGAGGAUCGGCCCUCCCAACUACUCAAAGACAGUGAGUUUUUUUUGGAUUUGGGGGAAUUUUGUAGUUGAAAAAAAAUCAUUAGGUCUUCUAGAACUUCUAAAAAAAAGUUCAGGGCUCAUCUAGAAUUUUCUCUAGGUUUUUGAAAAGUUCAGGGAAAUUUCUAGAAUUAGUCUCGAUCUUGUGAAGACUUCAAGAUCUUGUAGAAAUUUUCCUGAGAUUUUUAGCCUUCUGGAAGUUUUCUCCGAAAUUCAGAUGUGUUCUAGAACUUCUCAAAAUCUUAUAGGACUCAUCUAGAAUUUUCUCUAGGUUUUUGAAAAGUUCAGGGAAUCUUCUAGGCUUCUCGAUCUUGUAAAGACUUCAAGAUCUUUCAGAAAUUUUCCUGAGAUUUUUAGCCUUCUAGAACUUUUCUCCAAAAUUCAGAGGUCUUCUAGAACUUCUAAAAACCGGACUCAUCUGGAAUUUUUUCUAGGUUUCUGAAAAGUUCAGGGAAUCUUCCAGGCCUCUCGAUCUUGUAAAAACUUUAAGAUCUUUCAGAAAUUUCCCUGAGAUUUUUAGCUUCCUAGAAGUUUUCUCCAAAAUUCAGAGGUUUUCUAGAACUUCUAAAAAUCGUAUGGGGCUCGUCUAGAAUUUUCUCUAGGUUUUUGAAAAGUUCAGGGAAAUUUCUAGGCCUCUCGAUCUUGUUAAGACUUCAAGAUCUUUCAGAAAUUUUCCUGAGAUUUUUAGCCUUCUAGAAGUUUUCUCCAAAAUUCAGAUGGGUUCUAUAACUUCUAAAAAUCGUAUAGGGCUCAUCUAGAAUUUCCUCUAGAUUUCUGAAAAGUUCAGGGAAAUUCCCAGGCCUCUCGAUCUUGUAAAGACUUCAAGAUCUUUUAAAAAUUUUCCUGAGAUUUUUAGCCUUCUAGAACUUUUCUCCAGAUUUCUGAAAAAAAUUCAGAGGGUCUCCUAGGGUUUGUUGUCUAAUUUCUGAGCUUCUAACCUCUAGAUCAUCAAAACAAAAAACUUUUUUUCCAGAUCUUCUUCCGAACUCCGUCUUCGCGGAUUAUCCUGCGUUCCAGGAUCAGACAAGUGA